AUCGUAAAAUUAUUGUUCCAAAACUUCACGCCACACUCUAUAGACGAGAAUGCCCCGAAACGGAAAGCGCCCACAACGGACGAAGACGACGACGACUAUCGUAAGAAGCGGAACCGAAACAAUGAGGCCGUCAAGCGAAGUCGCGUCAAGUCCAAGCAACGCACCGAAGAAACCCAACACAAGGUCAACGAUCUUCGGAUCAAGAACCAAAUCCUGGAGGAUAAAAUAAAAAAUCAAACCAAGGAGCUGAAGUUCCUGAAGGAGCUGUUCCUCACUCAGGCGCAGGCCAAAUCCGACAAACUGGUUGGAGUGAAUCUGGCGGAACUGCUCAAGAGCUCUGACGAAGAAGGGGAGGGGGAGGAUGAGGGAAGUGACGAGGGCAGGGAUAGCAGCAAGCGGAAGAAUAAGUCCGGGAACGGUCAAAAGGCGGGUAGCAGUCGGAGUAGCAAAGCGGGUUCUUCCAGGAAGAGUUAGGUCAUUCUGUAAGUUUUUGUUUGUAAGAUUAGGGUGUAAAUUGUACGGAUAAUUUGAUAUUUUAACAAUGUUAUAAGUCGAUACUAAA